UAGUCGACAUUCAAGCUGUUCGUACGUUUUUUCGAUGCACAACUGAGCAAAAAGAAAUAAAAAAAAAAAUAAAAAAAAUAAAAGAAAUUGUAUACACACGAUUCAGUUUUGAGAAUUGCUCACACACAUGGUAGUGGUUCGUUGACAUGUUUAUAUAGAAAACCAUCAAGUGUAUUAAAUUACCUUUUUAGCACAAAAUAAAGAGAGGAAAAAAUUACAUAUAUACGUGUAUUCAUAACAUCAACAAAGAAACGGAAAAUUGAUAGAUAAAACCAUCCCGGCUAAUGCAUACAUACAGAUAUGUCCGAUAAUAUUCAUGCAAAAGAAGAAAAAAUCAACUAUUUUGUCAAUUGAUUUGUGCAACUGGAUAAAUUGAUCCAAUUAAAAAGUCAAACAUCGUGGAAAAUUUGAAUUUCAAUGUUAGUGCAAAAAAAAAAGUGCAAAACAAAAAAAAAAUGAAUAAAUGGAAAACCCAAAUGGCAAAUUUUGUGAAUUGCUUGUAAUUUUGAACUCAUUUGAAUAGUCAUACAGGAUUUUGUUCGUUAGAGACUUGGACUUUGUUUUGGGAAAUUCCCCCCAUAAAAGGACAAACUAUUUUCAAGAGCGUAUCUACCAAUUUCGAACCGUUUCUAUUGAAGUUUCGGCAACCGAACAGAGAGAAAAAUCAGUUUUGAUUCUGGAAUAGUACGAAACACACGAUUUCGCGAUAUCAUGAAAUUAUUGCGUGCGAUUAGGCAAAUGAUUUGGAAAGUGUGAGGAUGGAAAAUUUCACGCAGGAAGAAGAUUAAAGAAAACUGCAAAAAAUGUGUCAAAACUACACAUCCUGACAGAUGAUUUUUUUUUUGCAAAUCGAAUGAAAAAAUCCUAAAGCAAAGUUUAUCGACAUUGUUUUCUGAAUGUUUAAAAUUAAAAUGUCAAUCUCUGUGAGAUAAAGUGUUUCUAAAUUGUGUGCUGCAUUACUAGCAAUGGGACAAUUUUUUAAAUGAAAAAAAAAAAAAACGGCAAAUUUCCAAAGUGAGUUAAAUCGGCGUGAGUGAAACACCGUUACAUUAAGUGGAAUAGCGAUUUUUCAUAAACAGCGAUCACAUUUUUUUUUCAAAUUGGUUCUUUCGUCUGAAGACGACAGACACAUCGAACAAACAAAAUGCAAAUAUAGAACAUAAUUAGUCGCUGUGUAUCGUCGACGACGUUUUGGUUCGUAGUCGUCUUGUUCGUUAGUCGUUAAUCCCCGUCGCCUGAGAUCGUGAAAAUUCAUCCGUUCGUUGUCAUGUUGUUCACUCAAUUCGUAACGCGUCGCGCACACUCAUCCACACGGAGACAUUCAAAUACACGAUUGCACUUAAUCCUAUAAUAUUCGGGUGUCUCUCUCAUUAAAGAAAAGUGUAAUCAGAGAGAAGAGCAGAAAACAAAAAAACACACAAACCGUUCAGUGUACCGUCUAAUUUUAUCAGCAUUGCUUCCGCAAGAGAGGUGCUCUUUUGUACGAGAUCCAAUCCACGUACAUUACAAUACGCACAUAUUGAUGAAUCGAAUUGGCAGCGUUUUAAAUCAAUUCAAACGAUCUCAUUAUAAAGGAUAUGACUUACCGUGGCCGGUGCAAUCAAUAUAAGCUUGGCAUUCAUUUGUAAUAAAAAAAAAACAUUCGUUGAACAACGCGUGAAAUUUAUAUUUCGUCCAUUGCGUCUAACGACAAGGACCAAAUAAAAUAAUAAAAUGAUUGGACACACGGUCAAUAAAUCAUGUGAAUAUGCUGAAUUGUAACACACCACGGUGAAUAUGAUAAAAAGUCAGUUUCAUCAGAACAAGUGGAGAGCCAUGAACAGAGAGCCGCGGUGUACUGAAAAACAUACUAAUCUAUUAAAGGUGAAAUUGAGUAAAAAAAGAUAUUACUAAUCAAUCAAGAAAAAAAUAAUUAAGUGUUGAAACGAAGAGAAAUAGAAAAAAUUUAACCGGAUCUCACAAUCUCUAGCUCGAUAGUGGAUGUUUGCUCAUAAUCAAUUGGAAAAGAAGGGGGAAAAAAACUCAAAAAGCUUCUUUUUUUUUGUUUCAAUCAAACGAGGCAGCAUUUGAAUCAGAAAGCGUUAGCGACGCGUAAUAACCAGAAGAAUCUUAGAACAUUCGGAUAUCCAGUUCCGAAUUUAGCAUAUAUUCAUGUCUCGUUUAGUUUACUACCUUUUUAACUCGUUUUCACCCGCUUUCGUUUUCAACUGAAACGAUGGUAUAAACGGCAUCGCGCGCACGGAAAACUCGCACUCACACAGUUUACGAAGGAGAAAAAUAAGAGAAAAGAAUCCCGUCUGAAUACAGUAUCGAAACAGCGACUCAUCAACACACAGAGAAGUUGAGAAAGAUAGCAUUUUUCAUCAUCCAAAAAGAGACUUUAAUAAAUCACUAAACAACUUUGAAUAGUCGUGAAUACAAUAAUUUAAAAAUAGACACACGAAGAUCUCCACACACCAUCUCAAAUGAGAGAGAGAGAGAGAAAGAGAGUCUCUGCCAUUUUGUUAAGCAAUAGAUUACGUCGACGCUUGAAUAAAUGUUAGAAAAGAGAGUUCCGGAGCGUAUCAUAAAAAGAACAUCGGUAAGGAAAAGCGAACACAACAUUUUCAUGUAUACCGAUGCGAACGGCUGCCACAGCACGGGAGCGAGAGAGAGAAAGGGAAAGACAAGCACAUAGAGAUAGACGGUGAAAAUUAUGCAGCAAGAAAGAGAUGAACAAAACUAGAUACAUGAAUUUAUAUUGAUCAAUAUAUCUGGUUAAAUUUGGCGAAAAUUGAACUCUAACCACGAAUUUCAGUCCAAAAUCAACAAUAACAAAAAACAACAGCAAGGACAGAAUGAGAAACGGUGAUCGUUCAAAAAGAACGACAGAUAACGAACAGACAUGGAAUACCUUUUUUGAAAAUGUUCGGUUUUUCACAGUGUUCUUUGAAUUUGUGCUCCAUUUGACUUAAACUGAAAGGAGAUACGCUAAAAGUAGCAAACGGUAUAAAGUGUGCGUGUGAAAAUUGUGUACGCGUCUACACGUUGUAAACAAAAACCAAAAUUAAACCGCGUGCAAUCGAGAUAGACACGCUUUUCCUCCGACGAGCAAAAAUAAAAAAGUGUACGAAUGGAAAGAAACUAUUAGAAGUUUAUUCACCCGCAAAAUUAAAAAAAGAAGAAGAAGAAGAAAAAUAUAUAUGUAUAUAAAGAGCGAGGGAUAUAGAGACUGCAUUGAAGUUAUCACUGAGAGUGUCUUGUCAUGCGCGCGCACUAGCUUCUUCCGAAUCUGAUGAAAUGCUCUCGUGAUAUCCAGUGGCGUUAGAUUUUCAUAUCGUUGACUGUUAACCACAUUUUACAAUGCGGACAAUCCAAUUCGAUUGGUUCAAAAGCCGAAUGAAGCAUAGUUCAGGUGUUUUACAAGUUUUUACUUAUGUGCCGGAAGUUGAACAGACGAUCAUUGUAGUGCCAAUUUGCCAGAUUCAAACUGAACGGAUCGAGAGAAAAAACGGUGCUAACACUCCAAUCACGCAGUUUCGACAAGAGUUUCCGAUUCAUUAGGGAAAAUUCAAAGAAGAAGAAGAAAAAUAUGUCCGAUGCAUACGGAUCGAUUCGUCGCACCACCGAACGACAGGAUCAUUAAUCAAAAGAAGGUGAACCGGUGACAAUCAGUAGACAGCCAAGCAUCAAAUAAUAACCAUCGCUGAAACGUAGGAAAAUAAAACGAAAACGAAAAUAUAAAUUACUCAAUAAACAUUUAUCCGAAGAGUUGAUUUUGAAAGAACGUCAUGAAUGCGCACGUUUUGCGCAAAAGGGAUCUGGCUAAAAAUCUAAUAUUCUUAUUGUUGCCAGUUCUCGUGUCUUGGUGCCAAUGUUUAAGUGCUGCAGCACCACCGUCAGUUCUCGCAAAUAAGAUGUUUGGUGAUUUAAGCCACAAAAAUAAACCAAAUUAUGUACACAAUUUAGCCGGUAGCCCGCACGAGGCCGAAAUUAUCCACGAUAACAAUGCAAAUGAUUUUCGAAUUGUUCCAAAGCAUGAAAAUAGCCAAAAAUUUACAUAUAAUAUUCACAAUAGCAAUGAAAAGCAAACACAACUGAAUGCAAUUCACACAACGACGACGUUGGUGCGAACGUCUACGCAUGGUGAAAAUGAAAAUUCGGUGGCCAAACGGUUAUUCAAUUAUAACGGCCACUAUAAAGUAAUUUACAGCGAUAAUAUAAUGAUUGAUCGAAACGAUGACGUCGAAGCAUCGCCAUUGCAAAAUGAUCUCGCAACAUAUGAUUCAUUGCGUGAACGGAACGUAAAUGCAUCGCAAAAUCGUCUGUCACAGCAACAGCGAAUGAAACGGACGAAACACAUUUUGCUUCGAAAUCGUAACCACCACCACCAACACCAACAACAACGAAAACAAUUACGAGUGCUGCCAAAAACGACCAUUAAUUUUGAUAACGAUAAUAAUAAUAAUGAUAGCGUUAGGAACAGUAGUUAUAAUCAUGAAAGUAAUAUAUUUUACAAUUGGAGUAACGAACACAACAGCAACAAUAGUAGUAAUAAGAAUGAAAUCAUUGCCAUUGACAAGCGACAUGCAUACAACCAAGAACGUAACGAAGAUGCGAGUAAAACGAAAGCGUCAUUCAACUACAGCCAUUCGAAUCGAAUUUUUAACGACAGAGAUGAAAGUGAGUCGCGACAUCAGCAAAAGAAAAUUGAGCGUAAUCGUCGCGAAUCCAGAUCAGAAUUGAAACAACUGCCGUUGAGCAGCAACGGUGGCGGCAGCGCAUUCGUCCGACUCAAUCCAUUCUCAAAUAGCCGAAUCAAUGGUUUGACAUUUGGCAACGUAAAUCUGCCGAGACAGCGACGAUUUUGUUCGGCUCGUGAUCCAACAACAUUGGCAUUCGAAGCACCAACAGUAUUUGAAGGCAAAGUUCGGUCAAUGAGCUCCGAUCGCCGACGAAACUUUUCCGUCACAUUCGAAGUGAAGGAGAUUUACAAACGGCAAAUUGGACUCAAAUUGCCGUCAUUGAUAAGACUUAAAUUUACAUAUAAAAAUUCUAGUGAAUGUGACAUAUACCGCGAAACAUUUCGAUCUGUUGGCCAUGUACGAGACGAACUGGAACCAGGGAAACUGUACAUUUUAUUUGUGAAUCAAAUCGACUUAGGCAAUUUUUCAAUUCUCGGACAACCAUUGAAGCGGACGCGAAAAACGGUCACCGAUGUGCGAACGGGUGUUGCUGAAAAAUACGGUCAGCGUGCAUAUAUCGAGUCUCUAAUGGCAAAUAAUGCAACAAUACGAGAGGGUAAGCGACUGCGAAUAGUUUGUAAAGUGCGUGGGCAUCCGCCACCCAAAGUGACAUGGUUCAAAGAUGAUCGAUCGAUAGCCAAAAAUCGUUCAAGAUAUCAGUUUGUACAUUUAAGACGACGAUCAGAGUUAAUUAUCAAAUCGGCUUUCGUCAAUGACUCAGGACAAUACGAAUGUAGAGCGAAAAACAAAUUGGCGCGACAACCAAUUAGGAAAUUUACCAGAAUUGAUGUGUUACCGAAAGCACCAGACAAUACAAGAGGUAAUGGCUGGAAUCACUCAGGUUCAACAUGUCCAGUGAUUGGAAAUGCAUUUUGUUUGAAUGGUGGAACAUGUGUUUUUUUCAAAGAUGUCGGCGAACCAGCAUGCAAGUGUCCGGAUGGCUUUCUGGGGAAUCGAUGUGAAACGAAAAAUCCGACAAACAUACAUUCGAAUUCAACACUUUUCUUGGAAGGUGGACAGUUGGCAGUGAACGGGGAUCGACGCCAGAAACAUCAUCAUCGUAAAAAAUACCAUUGAUUCAUCAUGCAGUAUUUACUGAACAGCUUUGAAGUGAAAUAAAGUGUUCGUUUCAUUUUCCCAGAAAAGAUAGACGAUGAUUCAUCGUGAAGGAUUAAUCAUUUUCAGUGAUUUCAUGCAUUGAUCUUUUCGUGCCAGUAUAUGAAUUAUUUAGUAUAUAUUAAUUGUAAAAAAAAAAAAAUCAUUCAGCGGCACUUCUGUUGCUCAACACAUUUAUCAUUGAUAUCAAUAAAAUUGUAAUGAAGCUUGUAAA